AUGACAUAGCGGGGCCUCAGCCGGGUCCUUUCCUGGUGAGCGUUAUGGGCGCCUCCCUGCAGUCCCUCCCUCUUCCUCUCCCUCCUCCUCCUCCUCCCUCCCACGCCACCAUCCAGCACAGUCUCAGCCUCAACGACGCCUUCCUUCGGGCCCUCCCUCAUUCGACCCCAUCGCCGGCAGAUGCUCCACCCCCUUCCAGACACGCCCCGCCCCCCGUGUUGUGCGCCCUGCGGCGGUCUGAAGCCAGCAACUUCACGGCCAGUCUGAGAGAGCUGGAGAAGUGCGGCUGGUACUGGGGCCCGAUGAACUGGGAGGACGCAGAGAUGAAGCUGAAGGGGAAACCGGACGGAUCCUUCCUGGUCCGAGACAGUUCAGACCCGCGAUACAUCCUGAGCCUGAGCUUCAGGUCGCAGGGAGUCACACACCACACACGCAUGGAGCACUACCGAG